UACCAGACCCUCACCGGUCCACUCUCCCUCUCUCAAUCUCUAUAUAACCAAACCUUUACAGCUUCCUACACCAAACUCUUCUCCAUCCCAAAACAAUAACAUCAACACCAACACCAACACAAACACAAUCAAAUGGCUCAAUCAGUUACCGGAAUUCAGGUCGAAGCGACCACGUUUCCUCCCGCCGUCAAGCCUCCGGGCUCCGCCAACACUCUGUUCCUCGCCGGCGCAGGGGCGAGGGGGCUGGAGAUACAGGGGAAUUUCGUUAAGUUCACGGCGAUUGGAGUCUACUUGGAGGAUAAGGCCGUGCCGGCGCUCGCCGUUAAGUGGAAGGGUAAGACGGCCGAGGAGUUGACGGAGUCCGUUGAAUUCUUCAGGGAGAUCGUUACAGGUCCAUUUGAGAAAUUCACACAGGUGACGAUGAUACUGCCAUUGACUGGCCAGCAAUACUCGGAGAAGGUUUCAGAGAAUUGUGUUGCCAUUUGGAAAAAAUUUGGAAUUUAUACUGAUGCAGAAGCCAAAGCCAUUGAAAAGUUUGUGGAGGUCUUCAAAGAUCAGACCUUCCCACCUGGUGCUUCUAUUCUCUUCACACAAUCACCAAAUGGAUCAUUGACGAUUGGCUUCUCCAAAGAUGGUUCCAUACCAGCAGUUGGAAAUGCGGUGAUUGAAAACAAGCUACUUUCAGAGUCAGUUCUCGAGUCAAUCAUUGGAAAGCAAGGAGUUUCUCCUGAAGCAAGGAAAUGUGUGGCUACAAGGCUAUCAGAAUUGUUGAAAGAGAGUGAUGAUUGCGUGGCCUGAAAUGGGGAAGUAAAGGAAGCAGAAGUUAAGGCAUGAAAUUGAGAAAGGAGAAGAAAACAAAAAACUUAUACUGUAUUUGAAGGCCUGCUUUAGUCUGAGAAAGGAGAAGAAAAAAAAAAUGAAAUAAUCUUAUUCUGUAUUUAAAGGCCUGCUUUAGUCUCUGAUCUAUUGCCAUAUAUCUUUUCUGCAUUAUCCAUAUGAGGAAUAAUCAAGCAUGUUCUGUUUGUCCUGUUCUACAAUGAUCUUAUUCUGUAUUUGAAGGCCUGCUUUAGUUUGUGUUCUAUUCCCAAUUGACCGAUGAAAAUUAAGGGUGAUCUGGUUGGAGAUAUCAAAGGUGGUUGAAUUUUCUUCUA